CUUUGGAUGUUCGAGUUCAGUUCAAGUUCGCGCCUCGAACGGUUCAGUUUGUCUUGUUUUCCGUUCUCCAGCAACGUUAUUAAUUCAAUAUCAAAAGGAUAACGCCAACCAACUGUCAGGAUAAUGCUUAAGCCCCGCUUCAGCUAGUGUGUUUGUGAAGUUCAUUUACUCAAAGUAUUUCUGUGCUACGAAACGAAAAGUUCUCCAAAAACGCCGAAAACAAAUUAAUUUUCGGUCCAAUUUAAUCGUUUACUCGGAGAUUUAUAAGCAUGUGGCCACCCAGAUCCUGUCUGUGGUUGGCUCUCGUCCUCUGCCUCCUCCUGGUGGGCGUGGCCCAGGGCCAGAGCAGCAGUCGGGAGCACUUCGAGGAUGCGGACAAGUCCAGCGAGUACACGGACCAGCAGUACGACCUCCGGCACACGAUUCCCGGCGAACCGGGCCUGGAUUAUCCCAUAUUAAGUGCCCCGCCCAAGACGAGUUUUGUGUGCAAAGGAAGACAUGAAGGUUACUACGCCGAUGUGGAGAGUCGCUGUCAGGCCUUCCGUAUUUGUGCCCACACUGCGCGAACCCCUCAAGGAUUUGGCUUCCUCUGCCCCAAUGGAACCCUCUUCAGCCAGAAGAACUUUGUGUGCGACUGGUACCGCAAUGUGAACUGCGAUGACUCGGAGAGAUAUUACGAAAUGAACGAGGAGAAGUCGGUGGGCAAUACCCAUGAGAUGAUGGAGCGAGUGCGUCACAUGAUGGAGUACCCCAUGAAGACCAUUUCGAAGGCUCUGCAGCAAACGCAAUCGCAGUCGCAGAAUCCGCAUCACAGUCUCAGCAAGGAUUUGAGUGGAGCUAGUGGUGUAUUGAGUCAGCCGGCGGUAGUUAAGCCCAAUGAUCCACAAGAAACCCAAGUGGUUGGACGUGGAGAAGCCGUCAAAAGUGAGCCACUGAAUGCUGUACAAGCGGGCAUCACCACCACUGAUGAAAAUGAGGAUGAAAGUAUUUAUGUGAACAGUUUGGGAGAACUUUCCUCCGAUCCUGGCAUUCAAUUUGAUCACACCAAUGCCCACAUUGUUGCCGAGUAUCCCCGUGAAUAUCACUACCAAAAGCAGAAGAACUUUGCCGAGCGUGUAAAUGCGGGUUUGGAUGUCCUGACCGAUACAGAAACACCCUCCGGAGAGGUAAUGGCUCCCGACUACAUCAAGCACAUUAGGAACACCAAGGACGAGGCCGUGCAACUUGAUCUUGUAUCGAAUAUCAACAAUCUGCUGGAUGAGGUAUCCACCGAUGUGGAUCCCUCCGUUUCCGGCUACCAAUCCAUGGCUCCGCCGAAAGUGAAGCAGCCCUUCCGGUUCCUCAGCCGCGGAUUCUCGAUGCAGGGCGAGAAUGGCAAGGGCAGCUCAUCAUCCACGGGCUAUGGAUACAUUAAACCCAAACAAACACCCAGCACUGUCAGAUUUACGCCCAAUGAGAUACCCACCGAAGAUCACAAGUCCAUUGAGCACAAACACAAGUUUUCCAAAACCGCGAGCAGCAGCACUUCUACAACAACCACCGAAUCAGUGGAAGAACUGCUGAUAGCACCCACUUUGCCACCCGCUGAGGAUGAAGAAGUGAGCACCACAUCAGUGGCACCCGAAUCGAUCACCUCCACUUCAGCGGCAGAACCACUUAGUUUUUUGGCACCACCACCGCCAGCGGAAUUGUUGUCCACCGGGGAUGUACCGCCUAUCGAGUCCAUUGGCCAGGCAGCUGCUCUUACGGCCAGCUUGCCCACCAGUGAGGAUAUAAACCACGUGGAGCACAGUACCGAAAACGCUGAGAAGAACGAUGUGCAUCAUGAGGCAGCCAAAUUGUUGCUGGCAGGUGUGCAACUAACUUCCCACAACGAAGAUAAGUCCUUGGAAAGGAACGAUAUAAUCGUAACUAGUACCACAACCAGUAGCCCCAUUACGCCAGUUAUGCAGACCUCCACCGAGGUGGUAACUGAGAUUAGUAGCACGCAGGAACGCAUAAGAGGCUAUCGCAAGAAUCGUCCAGGAGCCAUGUUAAAGCGGGCCCACAUUCGCCCUUUGCCCAUUGUGCGCACCACAACAGCGUCGACCACUCAAAAGACCACUUCCACGACAAGAAGUUAUCUGGAACGUUUGGCAGCGAGUAGAUUGCGUCUUUCUAGACUUUCCCAGGCCACCAGGAGCACCACAAAAACAACAACAACAACUGUUGCGCCAAGCAGCACAACAACACCGCCAACGACAACGACAACUACGACCAUUUCGCCAUUCCAACAAAUACGUGGAGCCGCUGAACCGGGACCAAAUAAGAAGCUAACCGUGCGGGACAUUGAGCGCGAGACCAAGAUUGCUCCCAGCAAGGCCAGCUGGGAAACGGUUCACAGCAACCUGCAACGCUUCCAGGUGCAACGCGGCAAUCGCGUGUACACACCAGCAACACGAGCUUCUGUUAGUUCAGGAAUUACCAGCAGCGGCAGCGGCAGUAGCAGCAUCACCACUCCUAGAACCUAUGUGGUGGCCACAUCCGCCCGAUCCACAGUCUCCUUAAGUCGCGGCAAGAGUCGCUACUCGAACUUUAAGACCCAGGCACCUGUGCAGAGAACUAGGGCACCCACUACGCCAAGGAGCACCACAGUGCGACCCACCUCCUCGCUUUCCUCGCUCAAUCAACAUAUAUCCGCCUUGGCCUCCAACUACAAUGGUGGCUAUAGCUACGCACAGGCACCACAGAUCAGCAAGCCCAACCAGCCAUCACACGUUUAUGCCACACAAGCAGCCAGCGAGCCUGCUACGUACGCCUCUCCAUCGCAAUCGCAAUUGCAAUCCCAAUCACAAACCACAUCCAGCCUUUCACCCGCCUCCGCUUUCCUUUCCUUCGAUAAGUUAACCCGUGCCAUUGUUGACGAAUCCGUUUUGCAGAAUUUCAAGAGUGCCCAGUCGCAGGGUUCCCAUCAACAGCAGCAGCAGCAGCAACGCCAGCAGCAACAUCAGGCAGUCAAGCAGCAACAUCACUCGGUCAGCAGCAGCUACGUUAAGGCAGCAGCGGCGCCAGCUAUUUCCAGUCUGACUGUACCGCCACGCCCCCAACAGGCCGCUCAAGUAUCUGAACUCCCUCCGCCGCCCGGAAUCGUGAUUGCUCGUGCAGAAGGUCAGCGUAUUGCUCCCAACUCCGCCAGCAACAUUAUCUCGAGCUUGGCCACCCAGGCACCAGUUACUAAUGGCCAGUCCAACUCCUAUGUUUCUCUCAACGAUUUUCUAAACAACAAGUUCGGCCAAAGUCCUGCAAGCAGCAACAACAUUGCUCCUGCUGCCACAUUGCAACAGCAACAGCAGCAGCACUAUCAGCAGCAACGCGUGCAAAAGCAGCCUGUGCAGCAGCAACAUGUUCAACAACAGCAACGGCAAGUUGUGCAACAGCAGCAACGCCAGCCUAUACAACAGCAACAUCAGCCAGUGCAGCAGCAACAACAGCCUGUGCAACAGCAACAUCAGCAGCAACUGAGCUUCAUCUCGCAGCAAUAUCAGCAACCACAGCAACAGAAUGUCUACCAGCAAUAUCAACAGCCCCAGCAGCAACAUCAGCGCUUCCAGCAGCAACAACACUUUCAGCAACGCCCCACAAUCCACACCAACCAGCAACCCUAUCUAACGCCCAACAUUUUCGUGCCCUACCAGCAGCAGCAGCUGCAAUUGCCGCAGUUUCCGCCUCUGGCUCCGCCCGUGGCCGUUUCUCCGGGUAAUAUUGCUCAGGGACCGGUGAUUGCCGGCCGCCAUGUGGACCACCUGAACGUGCAACUGCCCACGCUGGGCAAUGGUUUGAUACCCGGACUGCAGUUGGCCCAGAAGCGCAGCGAUGUGUCGGCCAGUCAGCUGCAACUUACGGAUGCUCCGGGCAAGGGAAGCCUUUCCGGAUCCGGGAAAAGCCGGGAGCGGGCCUUUUACGCCGGACGGACAUCCUACGAGGUUCCACAGAGCAGCGUGGGACGAUUGCCCAACGAUGUCACGCAGCAAAUGCGCCGCAGGCUGCGUCGCUUUUAAACGAGAUUUCCGAGAGAAUAACGAGCUAGGACUAGAAAACCCUUAACUUAUAGUUAAAUUAGUAAACUAUUUAUGCCUAAGCUAAGUUGAGAACUGUUCAAGAACCAUACUUUAUUCGUAUGUAUGUGUGUGUGUAUAUUUUUGCAUAUUUAUUGAUAAAUAAAACGAAAAAUUUACAAAAAA